AUGAUCAGAGCCCUACUGCUGUCUGCACUGGUGGCUGCAGCUCUCAGCUGUGGGCUUCCCGUCUACCUGCCCCAUCUGCCCAGGGUGGUGGGAGGGGAAGAUGUGCGGCCCAACAGCUGGCCCUGGCAGGUCUCCCUGCAGUACAACUCCAAAGGCCAGUGGCGCCACACUUGCGGAGGGUCCCUGGUGGCCCAAAAUUGGGUCUUGACAGCUGCCCACUGCAUCAGCUCCUCCAGGACCUACCGCGUGGUGCUGGGCCGGCACAGCCUCUCCACGGAUGAGCGUGGCUCCCUGGCAGUCAAGGUCUCCAAGCUCGUGGUGCACAAGGACUGGAACUCCAGCCAGCUCUCCAAAGGGAACGACAUUGCCCUGCUCAAACUGGCCAGUCCCGUCCCCCUGAGUGACAAGAUCCAGCUGGGCUGCCUCCCUCCUGCAGGCAGCAUCCUUCCCAACAACUCCAUCUGCUACGUCACAGGCUGGGGAAGGCUACAGACCAACGGGGCUCUUCCUGACAUCCUGCAGCAGGGAAAGCUGCUGGUAGUGGACUACAACACGUGCUCCAGCCCUGGCUGGUGGGGCAGCUCCGUGAAGACCAAUAUGAUCUGUGCUGGUGGUGACGGUGUCAUCUCCAGCUGCAAUGGAGACUCUGGAGGACCACUGAACUGCCAGAAGGCCAACGGCCAGUGGGAGGUGCACGGCGUGGUCAGCUUCGGGUCCACCCUUGGCUGCAACUACUACCACAAGCCCUCUGUCUUCACUCGGGUCUCCAACUACAUUGACUGGAUCAAUUCGAGAGCUGUCUCCUGGGAGCUCAAAACCAGUACCUCAUAA